CCCUUAUAAAGAGGGUUGAGAAACUCCUCGUGCUGCCUUAGCAAACUGCACAACAAUUAACAUGACUUUGCUGCGCCUUUGCCUCAUUGUGACUUCCUUGGUGGCUGCAGAUCAUAUCAUCUUCGAUGAUAUGCCAAUAGCAAGGGAGGGGAACAACGAGUGUGUUUGCAGUAUAGAGCUCCCAGAUGAUGUCUUUCCGCAGCAUAUGAUUGAUUUCCUGAAGGAAUCCCACACCAAUAUGACGCAUAUUAUUGACCAAGAGCUAGAUAAGAUUACAAAAAUCAAUGAUACAAUGAAAGUAUUUGAGGACCGAGUGAAGAACCUGACAGAAAAAAUCCGGGACAUGGAGAUGAAUGGCAUCAAGGACCAAACAGAUUAUACAAACACUAAAAAUUUAAUUGAUAAUCUGAAUCAACUGUCCAAAGAUCUGCAUUCUAAACUGAAUGGAACUGAUACGGAUAUUGAACAUUUGCUUACCGAGGUCAACAAUAUCUCCAGUAUAGUGUGGCAGCUGGAAAGUUUUGACACAAAUAGUGUGUUGGCAACACAUAGAGAAUUGGCCACAAUCCGGAAACAACUGGCUGAUUGUGAAGAAGCUGCUGGGAAUCCAAAUUUUGGCCUGCCUUCUGCUGGCCUCUUAGCGCCUGAAUUUGGCAAGUGUGAUAAGAAAGUGUUGGUGAACAUUAGCAAGCCAUUUAUAGUCAAACUCAACUGGCGAGGAUUCAACUACAGAUAUGGAGCCUGGGGCAAGGACUUUGCUGUUGGAGCCAAGAAUCCAGAUUUGUUUUGGGUUGCUCCACUCAACACAGAUGAACGCUUAAUGGAGACCUACCGCCUCUACAACUCCUAUUCGGACCUACUGUUGUACAAAAACCAAGUGGAAAAAACCCUUUCCCAAUACAUUGGACUCACCUGGAACUACAUCAGCUGUGGGCAAGGAAGUGGGACUAUCUUAUACAAUGGCAGUCUCUAUUACAACUGCCACAACAGCAGGAACUUGUGCAAGCUGGAUGUUGCAACUAACAAAGUCAAGCGCAAGUCACUGGAGGAUGCUGCUUUCAACAACUGGUUCUCCUAUUCUGGCAUCAAUUGGCAGGACUUUGAUUUUGCUGGGGAUGAGAAAGGUCUGUGGGUUAUGUAUUCCACAGAAAGUAGCAAGGGGAAAAUAGUCAUUGGGAAGCUAGAUCCUGAUAAUCUGAAAUUGCUCAAGACAUGGGAAACCUCCGCGUACAAGCCCAAUGUGACCAACACAUUUAUGAUUUGUGGGGUGAUGUAUGCCCUCCAGCGACUAAGUGCACACAAAGAGAAGCUAUUUUACACAUACGACACCAGUACAGGCAAAGAAGGUACUACAGACAUCAUCAUGGAGAAACUCUCGGCCACCCCACAAAGUGUGAGCUACAAUCCCAAUGAUCACAAGAUAUACAUGUACAACGAUGGCUACCUGGUAACUUACGACGUGCUGUUCAAACGUCUACCCCGGAAGGAAAGACGGAGCGUGGCCAAUGAGGAUGAGCAAACUGCUCUUAUAGCAGUGAGUGGCGGCAGGCAGCAAUUUGCAAUGAUACAAUAGGGGAGCUAAGCCCAGGCUUGUAUAUCACUCAUCUACUGGUAGUUAUAAAAAUAUGUAUAUAAGGCACACAAUGCAGAUCCCUUGCUGAAGCUAAGUAGAUCUAGGACUGGUCAGUGCUUCCUGGGAGGCCCAUGUAUGCUGCCUUGAGUCCCAGGAUAAAAGAAAGAUGGGAUAGAAUUGCAAGAGACAAAUAAAAAUAAAAAUAAAACUCA